ACUAUACCUUUAAUCUUUUAUUGGCCAUCUAAGACAUUAAUUUAAAAAUAUAUAAAGGUACAAGAAAUUGUAUUAAUAUCACUGAAAUUAAUUCACAAAAAAAUGAUUACAGCUGACAUAUAGCGCCGUUGCGCUACGGGUGUCUUGAGUUCGAAUCGUGGCUCAAGGACCUUCUCCCACUUCGCUUCCUGUCACUUCUACACUGUCUUAUACUAAUAAAGUAAAAAUCUUUAAAAGAAAGGAUUAUUCAGUCACAUAAAAAAGCAGUUUAUUUUACCUGACAAAACAUUUUUUAACACAAAAUUAUUGCUGUCCUCUGCUCUGAAGUUGAAGUUUGUGAGUGGUGAGGAUGGCAAGCAUGUUCACUCGAGUGCUGUCUGGACGCAACACGGCUGUGAUCAUGGCCGGCCUGGGUGCAGGCACCCUGGUAUCCAGCUACAUCAUGACUGAGUCGGGAGUCUCUGCUGGGGAGAAAAAGAAGCUGUACCCACCCAGUGCUGACUACCCAGACCUGCGCAAACACAACAACUGCAUGGCUUCUGUCUUGACCCCUGCUAUUUAUGGCCAGCUGAGGGACAAGCUGACCCCCAGUAACUGGAGUCUUGACCAAUGCAUUCAGACUGGAGUGGACAACCCUGGUCAUCCCUUCAUCAAGACUGUGGGCAUGGUGGCUGGUGAUGAGGAGAGCUAUGAGGUGUUUGCUGAAAUCUUUAACCCAGUCAUCAAGGACAGACACAAUGGCUAUGACCCUACAACCAUGAAGCACCCAACAGACCUGGACAGCUCAAAGAUCACCUCCGGGAUGUUUGAUGAGAACUAUGUGCUGUCAUCACGUGUGCGCACGGGCCGCAGUAUUCGUGGGCUCAGUCUGCCACCCGCCUGCACUCGUGCUGAACGCCGUGAGGUGGAGCGUGUGGUGGUCCAGGCUCUUUCUGGUCUGAAGGAUGAUCUGGCGGGCAAAUACUUCAGCCUGACAGAGAUGACUGAGCAAGAGCAGCAGCAGCUGAUUGAUGACCACUUCUUGUUUGACAAGCCCGUAUCACCCUUGCUGACUUGUGCAGGAAUGGCGCGGGAUUGGCCCGAUGCCAGAGGCAUCUGGCACAACAAUGAAAAAACAUUUUUAAUCUGGAUCAAUGAGGAGGAUCACACCCGUGUCAUUUCCAUGGAAAAGGGUGGGAACAUGAAGAGAGUGUUUGAGAGGUUCUGCAGAGGACUGAAAGAGGUUGAGAGGUUGAUUCAGGAGAGAGGCUGGGAGUUUAUGUGGAAUGAACACUUGGGCUACAUCCUGACCUGCCCUUCUAACCUAGGCACCGGCCUGAGAGCUGGAGUCCACGUCCGUCUGCCCCUCCUAAGCAAGGACUCACGCUUCAAUAAAAUUUUGGAUAAUCUCAGGCUACAAAAACGUGGCACAGGAGGCGUGGAUACUGCGGCUGUGGGUGACACUUUUGACAUUUCCAACCUUGACCGUCUAGGCAAAUCUGAGGUUGAGCUCGUUCAGUGUGUGAUUGAUGGUGUCAACUACUUGAUCGACUGUGAAAAGAAACUUGAGAAGGGCCAGGAUAUCACCAUCACUCCACCAGUAGCCCAGUUCAAGAAAUAAUGGCAUCCUUGAGAACGGC